UUUCCUUUUCUUUUACCCUCUCAAACUUCUGGGCUACGGCCCAUUUAUCCGACCCAAGUUCAGUAGCUGGGCUAUUGCAAAUUCGGGCUCGGAGAUUACCCGGCCUGACACCGGCUGAAUUACCCGCCCGAAUCCACGCCGGCGAAACCCGCAGCGGCUAUCUUCUUCUUCUUCUCUGCUCUUUCCAUGGCCUGCUCUGGUCUGCUGUCCAAUUCCUUCAUUGCCAAUAAGUGCUUUCGGCCUCGUCGUCAUCACAAGCUUGCAGUUCCAUAUCCAAGAUCGUUCUCGAGCUCAAGAGUUCAUCUGGCUCAAAAUUUGGGGAUUUCCAUGUCGAUGGAGGAAAAUGGGGCUGCAAAGCAGGGACUCGAUGUAUCAAGGAAGAAACUGCCACACGUAUUGACGGUUGCUGGCUCUGAUUCCGGUGCCGGAGCUGGAAUCCAAGCUGACCUUAAAGCUUGCGCUGCUCGUGGAGUGUAUUGUUCCACUGUGAUUACUGCAGUUACUGCGCAGAACACUGUCGGGGUUCAGGGAGUAAACAUAGUGCCGGAUGAAUUUGUUGCGCAGCAGUUGAAGUCUGUGCUAUCUGACAUGGAAGUUGAUGUGGUGAAAACAGGAAUGUUGCCCUCUAUUGAGAUAGUUAGAGUUCUUCAGCAAAGUCUGAAGGAGUUUCCUGUUCGAGCUGUGGUUGUUGAUCCUGUUAUGGUAUCUACAAGUGGAGAUGUGCUAGCAGAUCCUUCUAUUCUGGCAAGGUUUCGGGAGGAGCUGCUUAUGAUGGCUGAUAUAGUGACCCCUAACCUUAAAGAGACAUCUACUUUACUUGGUGGAAUGCGACUAGAGACAGUUGAUGACAUGCGACGUGCAGCUAAGCUACUACACUCCAUGGGUCCACGGAGUGUGCUUGUCAAAGGUGGUGAUCUUCCCGAGUCUUUUGAUGCUGUUGAUGUCUUCUUUGAUGGUGAAGAGUAUCAUGAACUACACUCUCCUCGUGUAAAAACUCGCAACACCCACGGAACUGGUUGCACUUUGGCGUCAUGCAUUGCUGCUGAGCUAGCAAAAGGGUCUUCUAUGCUCUCUGCUGUGAAGCUAGCUAAGCGCUAUGUGGAGACUGCCUUGGAGUAUAGCAAAGACAUUAUAUUAGGAAAUGGAGCUCAGGGUCCUUUUGACCACUUCUUGAGGCUCAAGCAUAACACUAGCACAGGGGGCACGUUCAGUGGGAAUGAAUUGUUUCUGUAUGCUGUUACGGACUCUGGGAUGAAUGAGAAAUGGGAACGGCCGAUGGAAGUUGCAGUUAAGGAAGCAAUCGAAGGAGGUGCCACUAUAAUUCAACUAAGGGAGAAAGAUGCAGAAACAAGAAAGUUCAUAGAAACAGCAAAAGCAUGUCUGAAGAUCUGCCAUCCCUACAAGGUGCCUCUGUUGAUAAAUGACCGUAUCGAUGUAGCCCUUGCAUCUGAUGCCGAUGGAGUCCAUGUCGGGCAAUCAGACAUGCCUGCGCGAGUUGCCCGGAUUCUUCUCGGACCAGACAAAGUAAUAGGAGUAUCAUGCAAGACAGUGGAGCAAGCUCACCAAGCAUGGCUAGAUGGUGCGGACUACAUUGGCUGCGGUGGGGUCUAUCCAACUAGCACCAAGGCAAACAACAGCACUGUGGGUUUGGAUGGGCUGAAAACCGUUUGCUUGGCUUCCAAGCUACCUGUGGUCGCGAUUGGUGGAAUCAAUGCUUCAAAUGCAAUAACCGUGCUGGGGAUUGGUCCGCCAAAUCUGAAAGGUGUUGCAGUAGUUUCAACUGUGUUUGCUAGAUCAAGUGUCGUGGGAGAAACGAGAAAGUUGCAUAGUAUGUUGACAGAAGCAGUGUUGAAGGCGAACUGAAGUUCCUCCUUCAGAUGUAUGAAGAAUUCAAAUUGCUUUGCCCAAAACAUUGUUUUCGUAAUUGAGGAUAAUAACUUUGCUCCCUUGUGUUGAGAAUUGAGAUUGAAAUAAGGUGUUGUGCACAUGUAGAAAGGAACAAGAAGAAAUAAAAACUUUUCUCCAUCUCAACCUGUACGGUACCAUUCAGUAACUAGUUAACUCAUUAACAAUCAGUAAGAAGUUUGACAGACCCCAAAAAUGAACAUCACAACAAACC